CAGACACAGUAAAUCCAACAACAAAAGUCAAUCAGAUACUUUUUCAUUCUUCAGAGAUCAACCAUGGCAGGGAACAUGUUCUGAUAAUAAGCCGCAAGUAUCACUGUCCUCAACAAAAGCACCAUCAGAAUCUGAUAUCAGUAAAAGCCACUAAAUGGAAGCUGUUUCAUCAAGAGAGAAGAGCCUCUUCUCUCUCCUCUCCUUCUCCAAUGAUUCUUCCUGUUUCUUCGAGCCACCAGACUUCUUCGCAAAUCCCCUCGGUUUGUUUGUUAGAUGUGAAAGUAGAUCUCAAAGACAAGCUUCAUGUUGUUUUGUUCAAUGAAGAACUAGGAACAAGAGAUUCUCUAUGUUGCGUCUGUUUGGGAGAAUUCGAGUUAAAGGAAGAGUUGGUGGAAAUGCCUUUAUGUAAACACAUAUUUCAUCUCGAUUGUAUUCACCUUUGGCUUUAUUCUCACAACACUUGUCCUCUUUGUCGCUCCUCUGUUUCCAUCUCCUCCACCAAAACCUCUGUGGGUGACGACAACGACCAUCCAGAUUCUCCCCAAACUUCACCGGUUUGACUCAAAACCCCGAAUGAAAUAAGCAAAUACCAGUUUU